GUCGGCGCGCGCGGAGGGCGGAGCUGCGGGUCUCGCGCCCCCGGUUACAGACGAGCACUGCUGGGGCGGAAAGGCGUCACUUCAGCGCAAAAACACACCGAGAGAAAGAAAGAGAGAGUCAACACGCACGGGCUUCCCGUUAACCGACAAAAACCGGGAGACGAGGCGUCGAUCCGUCGAGUGUGAUUUUCCUCCGCAGCGCUGAUGGAUCUAAACGCGACCACCACCCGACCCGAGCGCGUUUCACCCCCAUCAUCUUCACCACCACCGGACCGCCGCUGAAGCAUCACCCGCCCGGCCCGAACCGAACCCGAUGCACCGCUUUAAUGCGAACAGCAGCCUCCGUCCGGUUAGAUUCACCUCCACCGUGACCCAAGCGCCUCCGCAAUGAACAUCUAGAAUAUCAUCAUCAGGCGAUGGGAUGAAAAUGAGACGUCACAGAGUGUUCCUGAUUUGCACGGUGGGGUUGUGUGUCAUUUCCUUCCUGCACUACUACAAAGCCUUGCACUAUGUGUCUCUGCUGAGGGAACUGUCUGCACCUUACCCCAAAAUCAGAUCCUUCAUCAUGGUAACGGGUUUCUUCUGGAAGGACGGCUCCUCUCCGCUGUCCAGUGCGUCUCCGGAGAAAGGUCCUCCUCUGGUCUACAGGCCAUCGGAGAUCGAGUCCCGGGUAACGGGAGGAGAUAGCGGGGAACCUGAAGCACCACGGCCGUGGAGGAGACCUGAAGAUCCACAGCGCAGGAGCUCAGUCACUACAGAGGUUCAGAGGGGUAAUUUGGUCAUCUGGCCACCCAGUAGUCCACCCAAUCACAAGCCAGAUCCAAAAAGAGGAGAAAGUCCUGCGAGAGCCGUAGUGAAAAAUCCCCAGGCCCGACAAACAUCUAAUCUGGACCCUCUGGGAUUGCUGGGAGACCUACACCGUCGCCGUCACAACCUUAAGGACGAUCCCAACAAGUAUUUCAUUCGCACCAAAGCGGGUGCUCUGUGUUUCCGCCAAGGCACAGAGACGGCACCCCCUAAAGAUGAUACAUUGAAAGCGAGACCCACGGUAGUAAGAGUAGGUCAGCGGGGAAUACUGCAGAUGCACAACGAGUCCAAGAAUCAAGGAAAAUCCCUGGAGGAUCAAGGUAAGCAAAAGCGCGGAAGACGGCUGGUAAAGUGCGUCUGUAGGCCGGGUUGGCACGGUCCGUACUGCGGAGUGCCCACCAUGGUCUAUCACUCUAACCUGCCCACCAAGGAAAGACUGACGCCACGCGAGAGACCCCGACGCGUCAUCAACGCCAUCAACGUAAACCAUGAGUUCGACCUGUUACACGUGCGCUUCCGUGAACUUAGCCAGGCCGUGGACCUUUUCCUAGUGUGCGAGUCCAACUUCACGGCGUACGGGGAGAGACGCCCGCUGAGGUUCCUCAAUAUGCUGCUCAACGGAACGUACCAUUAUGUUGAGAAAAAGAUCCUCUACGUCUUCCUGGACCACUUUCCCGACGGUGGCCGCCAGGACGGGUGGAUUGCCGACGACUACCUGCGCACGUUCCUCACCCGUGAUGGAAUGUCUCGAGUCGUGGGCUUGCGGUCGGAUGACGUUUUUCUUAUAAAUGAUGCAGAUGAAAUUCCAGCUCAGGAAGGAGUGCUUUUCCUCAAAUUGUUUGACGGCUGGACGGAGCCCUUUGCCAUCCACAUGCGUAAAUCCCUGUACGGAUUCUUCUGGAAGCAACUGGGAUCCCUCGAGGUGGUGUCCGGGUGUACCGUCGGAAUGCUGAGGGACGUCUACGACAACGACGGCAUUCGGUUGCGCAGACGGGAAUACUACACCAUGUCGGGAUUCCGAAAGUACGAGAACGACACCGGCCACAUCUUGGUGCAGUGGUCCGUCGGAAGUCCAUUCCAUUUUGCGGGCUGGCACUGUUCCUGGUGUUUCACGCCCGAGGGGAUUCACUUCAAACUCAUUUCGGCCCAGAAUGGAGAUUUUCCUCGGUGGGGAGAUUACGAGGAUAAACGGGACCUCAACUACAUCCGUGAGCUGAUCCGAACGGGUGGCUGGUUCGACGGCUCCGUACAGGAGUAUCCGCCCUCGGACCCUAAGGAACACAUGUAUGCUCCCAAAUUCCUGCUAGAUAAUUACAAUCGCUACCGUUAUUUGUUGGAGAACCCUUACUCCAAGCCAACAGGACCGUAGUAGAGCGGCGCAAGGAUUUUAUAAAGAUGGUUGACAAUAAAGGAACAAAGCAGUGCUGGAGGACGAGGAGAUGCCAGCUGACGGCCUUUUACCCUUUGACCCGGACACGGCCAAUGGCAGAACCUUCAUGUCAUUAUCAUUUGCAGAGUUUUGCUAGAUGUUUACAUGAAUGGUUUUCUUUUGAAAAACUAUGACAGACUGGGCUCUUGACACUUCUGGUGUUAAUAGUAAAUGACUGUCCGGCUCUUUCUGUGUGAGGAUGUUUGUGUGUUUGUGUGAUCAGAUUGUCAUCUGUCUCUCUUGCUUGCACUUCAGUAUCAAGAACAAAACCCAUCCUACAGUUCCUCAAGACCCCAAAAUAAUCUUUGUCUAUCAUUGUGAGAUCUUCUGAAUACGUUUGUGGACCAGAGAGAGAGAGAAAGAGACAUAAUAACCUCAGUCACAAUAUAAAUAUUAAAGGUGCACUGUGUAGAUUUGUUGUGUAGCCUAGUGGUGAGAUUGUGAAUUGCAACCAAUGGCUCAGUGCACAUCUCAUCCAUCCCUUUCGAAGCGCAUAGUGAAGCUACGGUAGCUGUCGCAGGACAAACAUGUCAUCGUCUGAGACAACAUAAUAAUAAAAUGCUCUCUCUAGAAUAGUUUGUCCGUUUAGAGCUACUGUAGAAACUGACGGGGACUUCCAUGUAAGGAGACCCGUGUGUAUGGAGAUAAAAACACCUCAUUCUAAGGUAAUAAAAACAAGACGGUUCAUAAUGUAAGGUCUUUAUACACACCUGAUAAUAUAUUUAUGUAGAUUAUACUGCAUUUCUGUCAAAAGACCCUUCUUAAAGUUACACAAUGCACCUUUAAUAAUCAUUCGAUACUGAAAAGUUUGCUUGAAAUAAUUGAGUUUAUUGGAUUAUUUUACCCCAUAUUUAUGUGUGUUUAGUAACCUCACACUGAAGAUUAACCCAUUAAAAUGAGUUUGAGUCUGAUGUUAAAGUGUUUUAAUGAGUUGAUCGAGACGGCUGAAGGUUUUGUUCAGAAUGUGUUUACCAAACACUGCUAAGCAACUUUUGUUCUCAUUAAAUCAGCAGAUUACAUUAGAGUAAAGUCACUUCAUACCACAGGGAUUAUUUUCACAUUAUUUACAUUACAGAUUCGUUUGGCAGAACGUUUAAGUUAUUUUUCAAUGCGAUGAAAGUGAGCAGUAACUGAUCAACACAAACCCUAAAACACGACUGAGAGGAGAAAGUGUCUGCUGCUAUAAACAGAGAUCUGUUAUGAGAGUUAUUCUGGUAAACGUUUGGCUGUGGUUCAUUACAGACAGAUCAGUCGUCUCUUACAGUAACUCAAUGCCUCUCACAUCUCAUGAAACACAGCUAGGAGAUGUUAUGGAAAACGAAUCAUUUAAUCAGACUGAGAUGAAAUUGGAUUAAAAAUGCAAAGCAGACAUUUCAAGCUGAGGUCUGGUGUGAUAUUUGUUGUUGAAUAAUCUCUAAUUGUUCAUCUAAUAUUCUUAAAACAUUAUUAUAUCUGCAAUAUUCAGCCCACAGAUCUUUCAUUCAUUUCAAUCUCUCUCUCUCUCUCUGUCAUAUUUGUUUUGUGUUUGCUGUUGUAAAUGUUGUUGCUGUUUACAUUAUUUAUCUUAUUUAUUACUCUCCUGUUUCUGUGUAGAUGAAGGGAAGAUUUCUUCUGUUGGUAAAGCUGAAUGUCUCUCUCCUCUCAGUUAAUAUUAUUAUUAUUAUCUGAAACACAAACACUCUGUCCACAUGAACACAAACACACAAUCAUGUCUACAUCACACACUGAUGCGCAGUCGAGUCUCCGAAGCCGGAAGCGUUUGUGUUGUCAUACGCUUGUGUUUAGUGUCUUCUGAAUCUUCAUCAGUGUUUGUCACCGACACAAAACAACAACUUCAUAUAAAUAACACACGGUCAGUGUUUAUAAUAACAUCUUGUGUGUGAUGAGCUUCAUCAUGACACACAUAUGGAUUCAAAAGAACAGAGCCCUUUCGUCUAAUGUCAUCUGAUGAUGAUGAUGAUGAUGAUAAUAUCAAGAGUUUGCUUCCAAAACAAGAAAACUUUACAUUUUCAAAAUCUAAUUCCAAUUUAUAUCAAUCAAACAGCAAAGUAUCACAAUAAAACACAAUAAAAUAUCAUAACAUUAUAAUAAACAUGUUAUAACAUUAUUUAAACAAAAUGAGUUAUAUCUUCACACAUACAGAGACUUACAGCUGUGAUGUUUCAGGCCGCUGUGCUGUCUUAUUUGCUUCUCAUUGGUGAUUUAUUCUGCGCUGUUUGCUUUAAUAUAUUAAAGGAUAUUUCUGUCUUUAUAUGUUUGGGUUUAAAGUGUUGACAGUUUUCUCAUUUCACUGUUUAAUCUCUGUUACCACUCACAUAACACUAAGAUCAAUAUGAUGAUGAUGAUCAAUAUGAUUUUGACACUAAAUCAUGCACUGAUUUCAAUAAACAUCAACAUCAACUGGUGCGUCUAUAACCUAUAGAGAGUUCAAGGUCUCUCUCUCUCUCUCUCAUCUGAUGACAUUAAGUGUGUUUGUGAGAGUUUCUCAUGUUCAUGUAUUUCAUUUAAACUGUAAAUGUCAUAAAUCCUCUGAUUAAACACUAAAGAGAGUCAAAGGGUUUGAUGAGAAGAUUAAGGAGAGUUUAUACAAUCCUUUUGUUUUGUGUACAUGAAUGGCUAUAUGUUAACCUUAAAAAACAUACAAAUAAAUUCUAUGACAAAGAAAUAUAAUAAAUUAAUUACAAAAAGUGUU